UCCGGCUGCAAAAUUAAUUCCGGCGCUACCGCUAAGCCAUUUAGUGGUUGAUCUGCCAGGAUUGGCCCUGCUAAUCUCCCCUAUGGUCGCUGCUGCCGCGCAACACAGUCACCAGUGUAAAAGUGGGUUUUGAGGCGCAUUCAUUGUGUAUCUCACCAACAGCAGCUGUACGCAACAGAACAUUCCACUGCUGCAGUUUUCCAGAUUAAUUCAGUGAAAAUGGAGUCGGGAUUUCCUGGACAGCAUACGACUACCACGACGGUCACCACCAGCAGUACCACCCAUCAGAGGAACAUACGACUUGAUGUCUCUUAUGUCAGAACACUUCCGGGAAUGCUCAAAGUCGCACAAGUGAUACUCGAUCUCCUAGGAUUUAUCUGCAUAACAGUGUCGAGGUACAGCAAUCACAGCCGUGGGAAUUGGUUCAACACAGUUGCAAUGGGAGGAUUUUGGUUCACCGGUAUUCUCCUCGCACUGUACAUUUUCCACGUAGUUGAAAAAUUCUACCGGAUACCGUGGAUUAAAAUAGAAUUGAUCUUCUGUGGAAUGUGGACAGUAUUUUAUUUAUUAGCUGCGUCAUUAGCAGCGGAUUAUGCCAGAGUAACCGAAGGAUAUGGAGUUGCUGCGUUUUUCGGAUUCUGUGCAAUGUGUGUUUAUGGUUUCGAUGCUUGGUUAAAAUUCCGGGCUUUUAAAACUGGUGCCCCAGCCCAGGGAGAACAUGUAAUCACAAAGCACACGUCGACAGUAACAUCUCCUGCCUAUUAAGCCAGAGUUAUCAACAAAAAGCAGAAUUUGUCACUAUCUGCUCGUUUUAAUUGAAGCUUCAUAAUUGCAAAUCAGUGAUCGAUGAGAUUAAUAAUGUAACGACGUUUCGUUGCGGCAGUUCAAGAUAUUUAUUGGGCGAGCCAUCGCCUGUUCUUUAUUAGUGGAUUUUUCUUCGUAUUCAAUGUUUAAAGAUUGAGAUUCGCUUCUUUUAUUAAGGCUGUAAAAUAUAUUUUAUUAAGGCUGCAAAAUGCUAGUGACUAACUAGUAUUUCGUACUCUUCAAGUUCACUUUCAAUAUUUGCUAAUGUAAAGAUUUAAUAUAUUCAUUCAGUAAAUAUCAUUUCAUCGAGAAAAUACAAAUUGGUAUUACUUAAUAUUUAAUUCAUUAAAGAUUAAUAAUUAAGGAUUAUUUUAAUGCGAGAUACAUUAAAUUGUGAAAUAAAGUGGACCAGUAAAUUGCGAAGAAUGCAUAUCACUAUUUUAUGUAAAUAUCAAUGGAUAAGAGUACCGGCAUAAAUGAAGCAGAAAAAAUAAAAUUAAGAAAGAGAAACUUCAAUUUCAGUGGAAUAAACGAAAAGUAGUUUCUGAUUUUUAACAGAAAAAAAUCGCAAGAGCCUUAAUAAUGUAAAUAAAAAAUUGCAUUAUUGCAUUUGUCAACAUUUUCAUGAAGAAUAACGCUUUUUGAUGAAAAAUAUUUCCCACAGCAAGCACAUAAUUAAGUUCAAAUUAUUUAUUCAUUGACGAUAAAAACCUUCAUUUUAUAAAUAAUCCUUUUCAGCGCUAUUCACAAUAAAAGGAAAUAAGAUGGAUUUAAAAAAUACACAACUGGUCAAGAAAAAAAACUCCAAAGAUUAUUGACACAUAUUCAUUUUGUACAAAAGACUUUACAUGUUUUCAAUUAAAAAUACUUAAUGAAAUAACUAAUAAAUCAAUAAAACUCC